AUGCAUAGACUUCAUAUUCUAAACAAUCACUCUGCAAGUACUAGCGUGCCAACACCUAUAACUAUGGUUCAACAGAAGGGAUACCAAAAAAGGCAGGUUUUUCAGUUACGUACUGAAUCUAUAAACAAGUUACAGGCUAAAAGAAGAAUGGUCUUAUAUCAUCGAUACAUAUCACAUACAUCAGAUCGCAUUUCACAUCCAAUGGAUGGGACCGAUAAGGGAGGCUUUUUGAAAGAAAUGAAUAAUUUCUCUCUUUAUGAAAACAGUAAUCAUAUAGUACUGCCAAAGAGAAAGCAAGAAUCGAAACCGCUAUUGCGGUGCUUUUAUUGUGGUGAAUGGUUCGACAGAAAUGAUAAUACUUCUGGUUCUUGCAAAGAAGCUCCUGAUCCCAUCGAGCGUACAAUUCGUUUUCUGACAUGCUAUCCGAUAGCGGAAGGUGCUGUAUAUCAUUGCUGUAGGAGUGAUGACGAUAUGCCUGCCAAUAUUAGUCGUUUUGGACAGGGAUACAAAUUGCAGAAUGUGUUCUCAUUUGGAUCACACCAUAUAUCACUAUUGAAACGUAUGAAACGAUGGCUAUUUUUGGCGCUUAUGUCGCUGGCAGUACCGUGUCUUUGUUGUUAUUUCCCAGCUCAUAUGAUAAACAAAUGUUUCGGCGGUGGUAAACGAGGACGUCAUCAGUCAUAUCAUUUCACCUCUACUUUUGAAGGCUAA